UUCCGUAUUCCGUAAUGCGCUUCCAGCGACGAUGACCAGAACCUCGAUAAUAUUUCGCAGCGCGAAGCUGACUCGGUUUGCUCGCGACCCGCAAUCGCAUGCGCCUCCUUCUGUUCUAUCUUCCUUUUUCACCCUCUAUUCUUCGCAUCUGGUUGUGUCCGUGUUUGUAUGUGGGCCAAAGUGCGUCGCUUUUUACGCCUUCUUCGUCUUUCUUUCCUUUCUCUCUUCUUCUGCUCCGUUACUUUCAGCCGCGAAAACUCGACCCCAUCUCACAAAGUCGUUACAUUUCCAUUGCUUGCUCUAAAAAUCAUAGGCCUCUUUUUAUGCUGGUGCAGGAGAUUCUCUACUUUGUUUUCGUGAUUAGACUUUUGGAAUAUGCAGAGUAUUACAAUUGUUACCGAAUCAAAGAGAAUGGAUCUUUAGUUCUUAACUGAUAAUAUUAUUCGUCGUCUGGGAAACCGCUCUGCAUUCUGCUUCGUCUCUUUCUAGGGUUUUACAGCCAAUAGACCUUCGCAUUUGGGCAGUAUCAUGAGAGCCAGAUUGGUCGUGUUCCCAAUACGAGGGAGGAUCUGGUGCUUCAGCCGAUCCGCUGACCCGUCUGUUUUGGCCUCCGAGGCUUCCUCUCAGGCUACUACAUUCAAGGAGCUCCGGAAAAACAUUUCUAUCAGUGGUAAAUCCUUUAACGCCAAUGCCGAGCUUUUGGUAGACUUCGUGGCCAACAAGAUGAGUAAAGCUUGGAUUGGAUUGGAAAAUGCACCGGAAGGAAGUUUUAAAAAUAAGAUUCAUGGGCUGGGCUUGCGGCUUUUGUCACGGGUUAAGCCGGCUGAGAUAUUUUUAAGAUCUAUAACAAAGGAAGUUACUCGGGUUGAAGUGAUUUACCCAUCUAGUUUGGAUGCUCGACUUGUUCGCCGAAGACUAAGGCAUGUGGCCAUGAGAGGGAAAAUCAUCCACAAGAAAUACUUAUAUGGUUCAAUUUCAAUGCUCCCACUGACCUCUUCCUUUGCCGUUCUACCUUUGCCUAAUGUUCCGUUCUUCUGGAAUUUAUUUCGAGCUUAUUCUCAUUGGAGAGCCCUUCAGGGAAGUGAGAAGCUGUUUCAACUAGUCUCGGAUUCUUCAAUCACAUCUGCUACCGAUAAGGAGGAAAAUGAUCAAAAUGACUCUAGAAAUGAAAGCUAUUCACUUGAGCCAUAUUGGGUAUUGAAGCCGUCUGAGGAACUUGAGAAUCUAGCCCGUCAUGAUAAUGAUGAUGAUGGUCUUAGUCAAUCCGCCAUCAAGAGAAUUUGCAAGAUCUAUGAUUUGGGUACAAAUGAUGUCAUAAAAUACCAGAGGCUUGGUUAAACUUAGAAAUUAUAUUGAUUGCUGCAGCAUUAUUUUGGCAUUUCUACUGGAAUUCAUUUGUUUUCCCUUUCAA